CACGCACACACACACACACACACUCUCUCACACUUUCAAGCUUUCCUUUUCUAAUACGUUCCUAUAGUCUUUGGCGUACACCAUCUAUUUCUCUUCGUAUAUAUACAGUCUUACUUGAGUUGCUCAACAACAACAACAAAACCUAACCCUUUGCCUCUCUCCGUUUCAAUUGAGUACUUCUCUCAUAUCCCACAGAUCCCUUCAACAUGGCGCCGAUCGACCAAAUCUGCCCCGAUUGGGUAUUCUGCAUCAGCUCAAAUAUCCACGUCUGCCGUGACCGCGCCUGGUUCGUCGAAUACACGCCCUUCUCCACCUACGUAUCCUGCGACCCUUCGAGCCCCGACCUGGGCGUCCUCGGCGUCGGCACCGUUCUCGUCCCCGUCGAAUCCACCCCGGGAGCCGCCGCACCCACCCACCUCCGCCUCGUGUCCGUCCUGCACGCCCCCUCGGCCCGCGCCAACCUCAUCGGCGGCAUGGCAGUCAUGGCCAACGGCGGCAGCUUCUCGCUCGGCGGCUCCCAAGACCGCGGUGGCCUGUACGACGCCAGCGGGAGGCAGGUCGCGUACUUUUCCAGGGACGCCGCCAACCCGAGGCUGAUGGCCAUCAAGCUGUGGGGCAGUUGGCCGUCGGGCAGGAUACAACACGGCGCGCUCGAGCCCGCCGUGGUCACUGGCACGCAUUGGGCCUCGCAGGAGCGCGAGAGGUGGUGCCGGUUCGUCGAGAGGUUGAAGAUACUGCAGCAGGCCCCGGUCGCGACCAAGCGCAAGGCCUCGCUGAGCUACGACGCCGACCCGUGCGGCGCCGAGGAGAGGCGGCAGUGCAAGCGACAGCUCAACGGUGGCUACCGGCUGCCGAUGCAACACUCUUUCCCCGAGGCGAACAACAGCUGGGACACGAGGCAACAGGUCAUGAUGGAUGUCAUGGUCGAAUGAGUGGGAGGGACUUUUUGGAUACGAGUGAAGGGAUUGUUUUGGAGCAUGGAGGGGGUUUUUUUUUUUUGUUUUAUUUGUAUCAUUACUAUUUAUGAGUCAUCAGUAAUACUUUCGGCAUCUGCCCUCG